AUGUUGCAGGCCCAGGCCCAAAUGGCGCGCAUGGCGGUGGCCGGCCCAUCCUUUGACUGCAGCCUCCCCAAGGAAUGCUUGAGUAGCGAGGUGGUCCUGGAUGCUGAAGAGAAUGAGGAGGAGGAGGCCCGGGUGCAAAUGAACCUCCUGCGCGUCUGCCUCCACCACGGCAAGAGAAUGGUCAGGGAGCCACUGUCUUUGGAAGUUGUGGUGAAUGAUGAGAAAGUUCUGGUCAGCGAGCCGGCUCCCCCCUGCUCAUUCCCAGUGUGGAACUUCCUUGUCGAGCAGGAGGUCCUCGCAUCAAAAGUCGCGACUGUGAAGGUGCGGGUAAUGUCUGGCAGCGGAUUCUUUGCCAACGUGGUGGGCUCCUGCGCCUUUACCUGCAGCGUCAAGCCUUUCCAACGUGAAGAGGUCCGGCUCCAUGGUGGCAGCACCGGCAUUUUUACCUGCAGCGCGGAGGCGGAUGAGGGCCCAGUGCUGGUGAUAGCUUAUCAGCUUGGAGAUCCAGAAGCUCGCAAGACGGACCUCGAAUAUGUCGCAGACCUGAAUCUCCGGGACUUGAACCGGCGGGUCUACCACAUCCAUGCCGAGCCACGAACGAUGAGCUUCCACACACCCAUGCCCAGUAGAGUUUCCAUCAAGGUUGCCCUCGUGAAACUAUCCAAGGAUUCCGAUGCCGCUCCGAGCGUCAUCACCGCCAAGCAGACACGGGGCCUGAACAACAUGCCUGGCAAGCUGGGCCAGAAGGUGGACCGGACCGGUGAGUUCUUCUUUGAGGAGAGUGCCGCCUUGGAUUGGGAGCUUUACGAAAAUGGCCUUGGGCUGGACGAGUAUAAGCUGCAGUUGGAAGCGUUUCUGUCAUCAGACGGUCACGAGAGGUGUCUUGGGAGGUGGCACGAGUCCUUGAAGCUCCUUCUGGACAGCAUUGAAGAAAAUGGCUUGAAGCUCAACUUCCGGGCCAUCUUGCACGAAAUCAAAGGGACCAAGACAUCCGGGGAGGUGGAAAUACUAUUGGAUAUCAACGAAGCUGACAUGCCCUCCAAACCGCCACCCUUACCGGUGGAGCACAAGUCGAUGCUCACAGCGAAAAGGGGCAAGUUCUCUGCGGGCUUGACCGUGGACACCUUCUAUGUGCAUGUUGGGGCCACUGGACUGAACGCCUCCAGUCCCUUCCUGAAAGUGCGCUCUGAUCGAGAAUCCAGGAAGACGCACGAGUUCCAAUGGAGUGAGGCUUAUCCCAACAUGGGCUACUUCAGUGGAGGGUUUGAAAUUCGCACUUCCACCACCUCCUCGCGCACCACCUUGGAGGUGUACAGUGACCAUUCACAGACGCAGUUGCUGGGCAAGGUGGUCUUGCUCGAGACUUCUGCGGAGCGCCUGCCACUGUGGAGGCACAUGUACGGAGCUGCCAGGCAUGCCACACUGGAGGAGGAGGCAGACGAGAUGGCCCACAAGAGACGUACACCCAGCACUUACCAGGGCUCGCUCUACAUCAGCUUUUCGCGAUUUUCUGGGCACAUCCGGGGCAUGAUUGGGAGCAUGGUGGCGACGCGGAAGCAUGUGCGGCUGAGGGCACGGCUUCUUCGAGGCAUGUACCUGCUGCGCUACAAGAACACACGCGUCAAGGUGCUGAUCCGGGUGCCCGGCUGCUAUGCGCAUGGCUCUGAGGAUGUGCUGUGCUUCCCGGCUGAAGUAGAUGAAGAAGGGCUGGCGAGCUUCCAAGAUGAGGGCUCCGAGGGCUCAGAGGGCUCAGAGAAGUUCGUUGACAUGGAUAUGACUGCAGAUGCCGGCACAGCCUACGUCUAUGUGGUGCGGGAGGGACAAGAAGGAUGGCCUCCAGAAGUCUUUGGCCAGCUACCCAUCCUCAAAGACCCCAAGACGUUCCAUGAGGUCCACUGGGUGCGUCUUUCCUGCGACCGGUCUGUGGUCAGUGUCGGAGAGGACUGGCAGGAGUUCGCAGGCUUCUUCUCAGGAACAAGUACGUUGGAGCAGUUGGAGGCUCCGCUUUCUUCGAAGAAGGCUCCAGCCUCCGGCUGGGGCUGCUGUGCCCAACCGGAGGAAGUUGAAGAGUACCUGGAGGAGAUCCCAGCUGAUCCUGCCGCACCGCUCCCAGCUAAGCCAGCCCAGCUCGCCUCCACCCUCCCUGCCCUCACCGGCAAGUUCGCGCCUGUCUACUGCCACGUGGACGUCUUGGCCGCACGAUCCUUGCCCACGGCAGACCCGGACGGGCUGGCGGAUCCCAUCUUCGAGCUGCAGGUAGAAAACCUCGUAGCAAGAUCUGUGGAAGGCGAGUCCGCUGAGACACGCAAGACCCUGAAUCCAACCUUUUUACAGCGAGUGGUUCUUGGGCCUCUGCAAAUCGCCGUGGAUGCCGAUGGACAGCUGGAGGCGCAGCAGCUGCCCCCAAUCGUACUUCGCAUGCUGGACAAGGACGACGUUCGCAGCGGCGGUCUGAUUCUGUUUUCUUCCUAUGAGGUCAUGGGACAGGCCGUGAUCACUGAUGCCCAAAUCCUUGAGGCCAAGCCUGGGGAGAAACAGGACCUAAAUCACCUGCAUGUCGCGAAAUGGUAUGGGCUUCGGUCGGAUGUCCGGAAGGUCUUCGAGCCCGGCUCCCUGAACCCCACCUGGGCGAGAAGGCCACGUGUCCUCCUAGCUGCUGCCUUCUCUUUGUCUAGAGACGUGCAGUCUGUGGGCCCGGCUAGCCAAGAAGCAGUCCAAAGAAUCUACACCCAGGAAGUCAAGAACUACAAGAUCAAGUUGGAUUUGCUCGGCAUGCGAGCACUCCAGCAUGCCGACGUGCAUGGCUUGGAGCUGUCCAUGCCAUCAUUCUGCUCCGGCUAUACAACGCCAACGCUUCUGCCGGUGACAGAUAACUUCACUGGCAAUUACGACCCAGCUCUGGUCCACGCUUUCGCAUCGAAGGUGGGCGACUUCAUUCCGGUGAGGGUCGAAAGCGAAGGCGAGUCUUUCGAGAACUUUGAGAACGCCGCUGACUUCACCAUCGAGAAGAAUGAGCCCGUGGGCUGGUCAAUCUCUGUGCCCUUCGAAGGCCCGGUGAUCCCGUACCUUCAGCCUCGCAGGGGGGCAUUGACCAGCCCAGCAGCUGCAUGCCCCCCGGGGCCUCGAGGGCUUCGCGUGAUCUAUGAGAAGCCCUUCGUCUUGCUGCCGGACGUCGUUCUCAUGCUGACAGCUCAGGGCACGGAUGAGGGCUCUGCAUCCGUGAGUUUGCCCAUCACGUACGAGGGCCUCGAUGGGCGCCACCAGAUCGAAAUUGCCAGGCCGCUGGAGCAGAGCUUGAGAGCUUGCAAGGUCCUUGAGCCUUGGGAGCCGAGUCAGGCUCAGACGACUUUCCCCCGAAUGGCAGUCAAGAAGGGCGACAUGGUGGAGGUCUUGCGGCGAGAGCCGACAGGCUGGACAUACGGCACAAAGAUGGAGAGCAUGAUGGAACGCAGACGGAGAUUGGCUUCCGGUGCCCAGCAUGACGAGGUGCAGGGUUGGUUUCCAGAUUGGACAAUCGAGUAUGACCCCUCAAGCUGGACCGAGAAGUGCGUGAGCCAGUUUGCCGCCUUACCCCAGGACCUAAAGGGCCUAAGCCGGCUUGUGGAGCAAGGGAACUACGGCGAGGCAGUGUACCACUGCUACAUAGACGUCUUUGCGGAGACAUCGGGCCUUCUCACGUGGAACAAGGAGUUUGUCGUGGGCCGAAGCCUGACGACACAACAUCUCUUCACCAUCGAGGACAAGGAUAGCAAACACACCAGCCAGUACUUCAAUCAGGGUGACUGGAUGCUGGAUGCCCGGUCCUUGGAUGAGCCCUUCGACUGGCGCGCCACACCCGUGCUACAUGCCGAGCGUCGCAACCACGUGCCCCUUGGGCCGAAGAGGCUGCUUCGCAACCUGAAGCCCGUGAACUUUUCCGGGAUGAGGACCCGCGAGCUGAAGCAGCAUUGCAGAAAGCAAGGAUACCGGCUCCUGUCCCACCAGCACAUGCCCGAAGCACUGAACCCGGGGCACUUCACACACCACGAUUACAGCGACAAUCUGCACUCGUUUCUUCGGCCUGUGGGGCAUCGAAUCCGAGUUCGCCAGGACCGGGACUCGAAGUUCUUGGCCCGAUUGCGACUUGGACUUCCGGCACACUUGUGUACCAGAAAGUUGGAGGUCUCCAUAACCGACACGGAGAAGGAAAAGGUCAUCUUCAAGCUGGAGCUAACAGGAGCCGUAACCGUGAUCCGGAGUGACAUCAAGCUGGUGUCCCUUCCGCCUGGCCACAAACCAAGCACCCACAUGAAGAAGGACGGAAGCUGCAUGCUGGCGUUGCCGCAUGGCGAGCAGGUGACCCUCACUGCUGCGGAGGCCCGGCGAUCCUUGAAGGCAAUCGAGGAGAUCUUUGAGCAGGCAAAGUUUGAUCAGGAGUCGGAGGCGAAGGAGAAUUACACGACCAACGUCCUUGUCAUCCGCUUCGACAGAGACGGCCAGGUAGUGUGGGCUGCCCCAGAGCUCCUCUCCUCUUGGAGCGAGCCUGGAAAACUUCUCUUCGUGGUGAAGCUGGAUUCUUCCGAUACGCUGGUUCCUGUGCGGGUGCCCUGCUUCGACUUGCGCUUCGAACUGGAGACUGCGUGGUUCCCUUGCAAGACUUUGGCAGGCCUCCAUGGCGUGAAGAGUGAGCAACUCAAGACAGUGGUAUACGACUCGGCCACCCUGGAAGAAGGCGAUGAGGACGCUGCCUCUGGCUCAGCCCUAGAGGGUCCGGAUGGUUACUGGAAGCCCAUACCCGUCUUGAAGCAUGCCUUCUGCUGUCGGCUGAUGAAGCUGAAGGGGACCGCCAAAUACGACAGACCUCGAACCGACAGCUGGUUCCGGUCAGCUCUUGAGGACACCUUCCCAGAGAUUGCCACGCUCCCGCUGCAGCAAGGUCCUCUCGGUGCAGACUACCAUUUUGUCAAGCACUUCUUUCUGGACAAGUGCAUGAACCUCAAGAAAGAGCUUGUGCUGGAUGACAAGAAAGUUGGCCUUGUGAAGGGGCAUGUGGAUAUCGACGAGGUCGGGGAGCCAGUGCAGGCUCAGGUCGGGACGAUCCCCAUAGAACGGCUUUGGGUCAAGAAGUUCUAUGUCGUGGACAUUUGCCUCUUGACUGUCCGCGGCGUGACCGAAGCACUCCAGGAUCCAUAUUUGGAAGUGGGCAUUCGUGGCAACGAGGAGAGCUUCGUGAAGAAGCAUGCCAGCUUGGUGCAUCAAGACAACCCUGGCUGCGACUUCUACGCAAACCUCUCCUUCGAAAUGAUGCUGCCCAGCAGCUGUGAGUUCAUCUUCCGUCUCUAUUCGAGCGGCAUCUUCGGGGACACGCUUGUCGGAGAGAACGUGCUGGACAUCGAAGAUCGGCAUGUGGCACAGCUGAGCAAGAAGCUGCGCCAAGCAUCCAAUGAGCAGUGGCUCCGAGAGAACGUCUCCCCAGAAUCGGACAUUGAGGUCGUCUUCGAAGAGGGAGAGGAUUCUGAGCGAGCCUGGCUCGAACCCACGCUGCCCAACUUUCGGCCAUACAGCAAGAGGCAAAGCACAAGGCUUUUUGACCCGAACAGCAAGGAGGACGCCCAGGCCUUCCAGCGUCGCCUGGGCAUGAGAGGACACAGCGCCAUCGAGACAUGGCCUCUACGUGGUCCAGAAGGUCUUCGCACUGGGGCCCUUAGGCUGUGGAUGGAUGUCUCUUCGCAAGAAGAAGUGGUACCGGAUGUUGUCUUCAAGGAGCACAAGCACCUGACAUUUCAACUGCGGGUGAAACUGGAGUCCGUCACCGGCAUCUCACUUUUCCGAGAUAAAGGACAGAGGAACGAUGCCUUUGUGAAGCUGGACUUCGUUGCGAAGUCUGUGGGCCAGGAUCGGGUUCGCGAGUCCAAGCCAACAGAGGCACACAAGUGGGCCAGAAGCACAGCAUCGUUCUGCCAACUCUUGAUUUUCGAGGUGACAACUCCAGUUCAGUAUUGCGGGCUCACGGUGACUUUGAUGGACCAGGACACAAUCGCCGGCCCUGAGGAGAUCUACGCAUCCAAGAACGUGCCCCUCGAGAUUCUUGCCGCGAAUGCAGCACAAGGUGAAAGGACGUCUGUGGCCUACGACGUGGUUUUCGACAGGCACCCCCAGAAACACCAAAUGGAUCAAGGAAGAGGCUUCUGGUGCUGCCGCCGAGCUCCCAGACCCAAGCCGCCCCCAAAGCCUGCGACACUGCACAUGGAGCUCCAGAUGGUCACGCUGGAAGACGCAGCAAGCCAGGAGCUACCUCCGGAAGGUCGAUACGCAACACCCCAGGACCGAAUAGACUGGGCCUCUGCUGCCAUCCACCCGGUUGAGUUCAUGAAGAUCUUUCUUGGGCCGAAGCGGGAGGCUCGUAUCAAGUGCUACGGCCUAAGCUGCAUACUCACAGUGAUCUGUUUGGCCUUGCUUGGCAUGACUUGGCUGAUCAUGCAAAUCCUCAGUCCGAUCGUCUGA